CUGUGUAAUCAGUCAGAUUUCCAGUCCUUUGACACCAGUCUUCCUCCACCUAAGUAGAAUUCAUCAUGCAAGCCAUCCGUUUAGGGAGUAAAGGAUAUGAUUUCACCAUGAAACAGUGUUUCCUGUUAAAAAGGAAAGAAAAAAAAAAAAAAAAGGGCAAGCAGGCACACUGCCCGAGUGAUGUGUGAUCCCGCCGGCCGCCCCUGUUCCUGGAAAGGAAGGAAAGCAGUGGAGACCGGCGGUGGUGAGAGCUUUCGGUUUUGUUUCCUGAGAGCCCGCGGCUUUGACGAAUGGAGAAAUCUCCCGGAGGGCUCCCUGUCCCGCUCCGGCUGAAGCGCUGGGAAACGCGGGGCUGGGAGCACGGCGCCGGGGCUUUUCGGGUCGGCUUUCCACAGAGGGCCACAGCCGGGAGGAUUUCCCGGCGCGGUCUCCGCCGACAAACCCGCAGCGGGGGCGGACGGGGAAGGCCCGGGUCGGGGCCGGGGUCUAACGCACCGGAUCCAACCGGGGAGAGCGGGCCGGGACGAGCUGUGGUGGGAUGGUCGCUGCUCCCCAGAGCCCCAGCGGCCGCUGCCGGGGGAGGCGGCCCGGAGCGCCCCGAGGCUCUGCCAGGUAGGGAGACGCAGGGCUGGGGGUCUGCCGGGAGGGUCUCUGCCCUAGCCCUUCCCCGGGUCUGCUAUCUGCCAGGGCGGGAGCGGGUGUUUCUUCGCCACCUCCCCGCCCCGGCACCUCCUGCGCCUGAGGAGGGGGAGGUGGCUGGUCCCGGGGCUCAGCCCGGCGAGGGGCGUGGGGCUGCCGGCAGUAGGGACCUCGUCCUACCCUAGCGUGUCCAUGGCACAGGCAGCUGCCGGACCCUUCCUUGAAGGCUGCUCCGGUCAUAUGUUUUGCUUAGGAGUAGCCAAUGACAGGCAAGACUGAGGUAUUUCUCUGGAAAAUCUGUUGCAGAACAGAGGUAAAACAAAACAACAAACAAAAACCCCACCAGCUGCAGUGUAUUGCUAUGCUGUAAAAUUGUGUGUGUGUAUAAACAAAAAAACAAUCCCUAAGCAAAAAAACCCAAAACCUGUCCUGGUCUUUUAUUUGCUACUAAAUACUUCAAUGGAAAAAGCAACCCUAUCACCUUGAAACAAGCAAUGAAAGAAUGGGAACUAAAUUAAUGACAUUGAAAGCUGGCUACAUCAAUGAUUUCUAUGGUCUCAUAGUCAGUAUUUUACAAAUUGGUUUCAGUUUCUUCGUGUUGUGUCUUUCCGAUAAAAUAUAAUUAAACCUGUUUUUAAGCACAGAAGAAAUCAGUGGAAAUUAACCUUCAUCAGUUCUACCUACUGUGGAAAUCCACCCCCUCAACCUCCUAAGAUACUGUUAGUGGGCUGUCAAGUGGAAAGAAGGAAAUACUUCCUGAAAACGUUUUAGUGGUGGUCGCUUCACAGUAUUUAAACUCUUCUGAGAAUCUCAACCGUUUUUUGAGAUAUGCAAAGACAACAUAAGUGGGUGAACUUACACUGAAAGAUAUCUUUAAAGUUGUAUUUUGUGCUGUUGACCAGGUUAUCCCACUACGGUCCACAAGUUCAUGUGAGUACAUCCUUUGGCUUCUAAUACUUAGGGGGUGGAGGGGUGGGGUGGGUUCUGUAUUGUUGAAUGACUUCUAGAAUCAAGGAAAAGAAAAAGACAGUGCUCUUUAUUUUUUGCUAAACUAAUGCACAGGCUUAACAACUCUUCUUGCACUACACAGUGGCAAGGCAAGGCAUUGUGCUUAGGUCUUGGAGAGAGAAUAUCUGUUCUUACCAGAGAUGGGUAGGCAAUGCUCUUCCCAUUAUUCCUACGUAUGACCUUUGCAGACAUGAGUAAGUUGUGCAGAAAUUUCCAGUCAUUGUUAGCAGCUGUUUGACACCACUUGAGAUUAGUACUGUAGGGACCCUGAGUUUGUGUAGAUGGAUGACUUCUUGCUACUGGUGUUCUGAGGUCUGUUGCUUACAUAUAGCUUUGAUCAGAUGACAUCUUAAAAUGCCUGUGGUAUUUUAUGUACUAAUUUUCCCAACAUUUCUGUCUCUGGUUACAGUGAACCACUGUUAGCAAUAGAGAAUUUUCCCUAAUGGGGAAUUUUCCAAUAAUGGGGAAGUUUCCUAAAGAAGUAGGUGGAGUUACAUCAACAUUUAAGUUCUGCUCUUUGGGCAGAUAGUUCUGUUCUUCCUGUCUUCUUCAUUUGAUUGUGAGGGAAACACACAGCAGCAAUACUGAGGAGGAUUUUGCACAGUGAAUAUCUUUUUGCUUUUAUAAAACUGUUUGCCAUAGAUGUCAGAAGCCAGCAGAAGGAGAGAAGGGGCAUUGUGGUAGGUUCUGUAAGAAAAUUAGUGAGAAGAUUGCAGCUUUGGUAAAGAUCUUUGGCAUUUAGGUCUUGAGCUGCUUCAUCCGAUCCAGCCAGGGAAUCCUUCUGCUUAGGGUGAAGCAGGAGAAGGGUCUGUAAUGGUUAUUGCAGCAGGUUUUUUCAUGUGCAUCUGGAUUUGACCUGGACCUACUUUUUUUUUUCUCUGAAAGUGAAAAAUUGAGUACAGCAGCAGACUUUCUCAGUCUUGAGGAAUUUUGUAAGUAAUAGUCAUACUUCUUUUGUGUGUAGUAAGGCUUGUUUUCUUCUACACUGGGAGAAAGCAUGCAAAUUAAAGUUAAGCAAUUGCAGGAUACAAGCAUGGGUCUUAGAACCAUAAAAGCUUACUUGUUGUCAUCAAUCUUCCAGGAGUUAAUCAGAACACCUCUCCUGGAGUUCAUACCAAUAUUCAGAUUUCCUGACCAAAAAAGUGGGUAUGGGUUGCAUGCAUGGGUAUGGAUAUCUUUCCAUGACUGUAGUGCACAUGCUAUUUGUUCCAAGCAGUCUCUCAGCUACAGCUUCUACUUUAAAAAAAGUAGAAAGUAUUUUGGGGCUGAAUGUGCAACAACUCUGGUCAUUCUGGCAUAGGGAGUGCAGAGAGGUGCCCACCUAUACCCAUCAGUCUCAGUGGCUUGCUCUUCAGGCUUGCCUCUAGAGUAAGCGUGAUCAGAGCACAGUUGCGAGAUCAGUAUGCCUCUAUCCUGUUUGAGAAGCUUUACUCCAGAGCUUAGUUGGUGCUUUGGACUGCUUGUUACUCAGGCAGUGUCAUCAUGAUGGAGGCAUUCUCAUGCACACACAUUGCCAGAAACUCUUAGGUUCCAGCAGGAUUAGGCAGCAGUUUGCUAGCGCUUUUAAGAACAUCACUUGUGGCUAAGGAAUGAAUUGGGUACCUAACCACAUUAAGAAGCCUGGGAUUUAUUUAUCAGUGAAACAGAUCUUUCACCCUGAGGAUCUUAUUUGUAUUUUCCUAUCCCUGUUAGCAGCACAUCCUUUUGUAAUUGCUCAUGCCUGCUUAACAAUGUAUUCGACUGACUCCCUUUCUCAGCUCCAUCUGUGUUGCCUUCUGCAAACCCGCUAUUAGGAUCAGGCAGCAGCAAGCUGAGGAAAAAAGUAGCUUGAAUCAAAUCCUUACGAGGAGUCUAAUUCCCUUUAAGCCACAACACUGUAAAGGCACAUGUGUCUUAUGAUUCAGGGCAAUAUUGUUACUUUAUUAUUAUCUUAAAGUUGACAACCAAAGAAAGACAAAACAUCUUACCAAAAAUGGUAAGAGUUGCAGUCCAGAUAGAAUUUCAUCAGUUAGGAAGUGUGACGGGUAUUACAGUUGCCUAAUUUCUUACACAAAUGCUGAAACUACAAGAAAACAGUUGAAGGCAAUCUUUCCUUAUUGUUGUGGCUAUUUGGGUAUCCAAAAUGAUGGCUUUAUUUAGAUAAAAUUCUACAGUUCUCUGUACUCACAAAAGACUUCCACUAUAGUGAGUUUGAAUUUUUCUUGAGAUUAAUUUGAAAAAUUAUGGCAGUGUUUGAUACUAGUAUUGCUCUGACUUAAAAUGCAGACUUAGUAAGUGCAGUGGGUGUGUGAAGGUUAAGUGUGAAGUGACAUUAAUCAAUGGCUUAUAAUGUGAAAGUGUUGUGUAGGAAAUUUUCGGACAGAAAAUUGAAAUAAUUCACAUGUUCAGAGGUAAAGCAGCAGAAAUUCAAGAAAAUAGAUUUUAUUCGUAGGCUGUUUUUGUCACUUUUACAAAUGCACUAUUGUGUAAAUACACCUUAAGUUAUUAAUUACCUCAUGAAUUCUGUUCACAAUAGAGGUAACUUCAUGAACCCCAUGAUAAGUACUGUGAGACUAGGUGUUAUAAAACAGGGUAUGUUCACAGUAUGUUGAAGUAAGGCAAACAGGUGGGUAAGAACUAAGUUCUAUUUCUUCCACUGAACACGUAUAGAAAAGUCCUCGAUUCUCCUCCUAGCAGGAGCAACACUCCCUGCUACAGUUUAGAGGAAACAAUUGGGUAUUGGUGAGUAUGUAUUUAUUUAUUAAUUGACAGAUAGUGAUGAAGCAUAUAUUUUGCCAUAAUGAAGGACAAAUGUUUAAAGCAAAUAAAAUUAGAUGUUCUUCCUGGACCCAUGCAGGUAGCUUUCUGCCUGAUCAUCUACGGUAGUUAAAGGUGCAAUUUUACCAUGUUUUCAUCCAGCAUGAAAUUCAGUGCCCUCUAUCCAUAUCUUUGUGUGGAGUGACUACAAUGUGAUUUACACAAUGCAAGUUAGAUUAUGAGCAGAUAUUUAUAUUUUUCUAUUAUUUUAUCAUUGUAGGUUCUAUCUACAUCAUGGAAAAGCCUUUGCUUUUGUAUGUAUUUUUAUUCUACUGGCAUUUCCUAAAUGCUUUAUUCACGGUUGAAGCUCCCCAGUCACUCUACAUUGUGGAACAUGGGAACAAUGUGACCAUGGAAUGCACAUUUCCAGUGAAUGGGAAAUUAAAGUUUAGAGAUUUAAGUGUCAGCUGGGAAAAGAAAGAUGAGUUAAAGAAGCAGGUUUAUGUACUUCUCAAAGGAGAGGAAGACUUCAAAAGUCAGCACAGUGACUUUAGGGGAAGAAUAAAAUUGUUGAAAGAGAAUCUGAACUUUGGACAGUCUCUCCUUCAGAUCACUGAUGUGAAGCUCAGAGAUGCAGGGUUUUACCACUGUGUUAUUGGCUAUGGGGGAGCCGACUACAAGACAAUUAGUCUGAAAGUUAAGGCUCCUUAUAGAACUAUAACCCAAGGAAUUGUGAGUACAGGAGACAAUGAAUGGAAGUUGACAUGUCAGUCAGAAGGAUACCCACAAGCUGAAGUAAUAUGGCAAAACGGAGAAUAUGAAGAUUUGACUGAUAAGUCAAGCACAAGUUAUGAAACUGGAAGUGACCAGCUCUAUCGUGUGACAAGUACCCUUACAAUCAAAAGUAGGAUUGAUGAGAUAUUUUACUGUAUAUUCUGGAAUAAAGAGCUGCAAGAAAAUACAUCUGCCAUUUUACACAUAGCAGAUUCAGCUGAUGGUGUUCUGUGGACUGAGAGCAGACGCUUUGUUGGAGCAAUACUCGUUGUGACUGCUUUCUUUGGAUCAGUGCUUCUAUUUGUGCUCUGCAUAAGAAAAGCUAGAGCAAAUAAGGACAACAGAACAGCUGUGGCUAGUUCAUCAAUAGCAAAGCUGUCAAAAGAUAAGGAUACAUGUGAUUGCCGAGAUGCUUCUUCUGAAGACAAAGAGCUGAAAUAUAUGCAAAUUGAGGAGACCUAGAGAAAGCAGGGGAAGCUUUUUUCCUCUGUGGUGAAGGUUUGACAGCUCAGAUGUUCUGUGUUCUGUCUAUUGAGGGGGAUAUUAAUUUUUCGUUUUUAUUCUGUGAUGGCACUCUUCUUCCAUAUCAUUGUAACUCAGGAAAAACUGUAAUGGUGUUAAUAGAAUUCUAGCAUAAAAAGUCCUUGGAUUCAGGCUUCUGUAUAUGUGACUAGGCAUGGAGGUAUUUAUUUAAAUAUCCAGUUUUCUGCUUUCUCAAGUUUAUGCACUUUCAAAACCACAUUUCAUUAAAAAUUUCUUUAAGGUAAAGCACUUUAGAUCUAUGACCAUCAUGAAUUUCAUAUCUAGUUCUUGAAUAGGUCAUCUUCUAGGCUUUUUUUUUCUUUCGUUCUUUCUUUCAUUCUUUCUUUCUUUUUUCCACCUGAUCUCUCAGUUCCCAGCAGAGAUUUUGUUUUCCAGCUUGUGAAGAUUUUUGUCAAUACUUUUGUCCUCAUAAAAGAUAAAGAUGCAACAAGAUAAGAUGCCAUACAGACAGGGCAUUUUCUGUCCUUACUGUAGAUCUUAAAAUACCAGAUACUCACAGCUAAACCUGAAAUAGAUGCUGUAAUCCUCUGGGCAACUAUGGUUUGGAAAUUAUUAGGAAAUACUGAUCAAUAAUCUUGAUCUCUUUAUCUGAAAAGUGUUUUGGGGAUUUAAUUUCCUUGUGAUAUACCUGGCACUACUUGGUUACUGUUCUGAUUUGGGGAUAAUGCAACUCUUCAGACACUGAGGAAGAACAGCUCGAUUUGGACUGUCUUUUUGCUCAUUUUGGGAACAGAAGAGAACCUUCUCACUUCUAGGACAUGAAAUACAUGCUAACGUAAUUACUUAAGCAGUGCUGAGGGAACAUGCUCCUGGAUCCCAUUUCUUAAGCUAUUGCUUUGUUACAUUUUGCUACAUGCAUAGCUUUUUUGGGGGAAGGUCAUAUACAGAUGAAAAUUAUUUAUUACAAUGCUAUUCACAAUUAUAUUUUUUUAAUAAAAUGUUUUGUUUUUCUUCUGGGUU